CUGAAGUUCACCGCCGUGCUGGUUUGAGCAAUGUGAAACAGCCGGCCCCAGCACCCCGAUCUCUGGCAGCUGUCCCCCCCCCUGAGUCCACCCCCCCUCCCCCCACUCCGUCAGUCACCGGAGCCACCCCACCCCCAACCCCACCCCCCCACCACAGGGACACAGUCCCAGCCAACUGGGCCACUGCAGGGAGAAGACGCAAUGGUUUUUUGAGCGGCGAUCUCCCAGCACGUUUCUGCUGCGUGGGAGCGCUGCAACGGGCAUGGCCUCCAGCGCUGCAGCGACGGGGAGGAAGGAGCCACAGGAGCUGCAGGAGUUCAGGCCCGACGGGCCGGAGCUGCAGCUGAAGGGAUCGCCCGCAGCGCCGCAGUACGGCAGCGGCUUGCCGGGACUUUCGGAGCACGGGCCGGUGUGCAUGGCGGCUCCGUACGGGGAGGGGCGGCAUGACUACCCGGGCCUGGCCUUCUACAGCCCAUCCCUGCUCGGCUACGAGGCCAACAGUGACGGCCCCUACGUCCGUCAGAGCCUCAGCCCCUCACUCUACUGGUCAGCUUCCGGACACCUCUCCCCCAUCGCCCUGCACUGCCAGACACCCCUCGUCUACACCGAGCCCUCACGCACUCCCUGGGGCGAACUCCGGCCCGGAGAACAGCACACACCCAGGGAGGGGGUGAAGAAGAAGCUGCCGCCCACGGACUCGGCUAACGGCGUGUGUGGCCGCCGGGACGCCCAUUACUGCGCCGUCUGCAACGACUUUGCCUCGGGCUAUCACUACGGUGUGUGGUCGUGCGAGGGAUGUAAGGCCUUCUUCAAACGCAGCAUCCAAGGACACAACGCCUACAUCUGCCCGGCCACCAACCAGUGCACCAUCGACAAGAACCGCCGCAAGAGCUGCCAGGCCUGCCGACUACGCAAGUGCUACGAGGUUGGCAUGAUGAAGUCCGACACACGCCGGGACCGUUGUAGUUACCGGCUGAGCCGGCAGAGCCGGCUGGGGCUGGGGGUGGGGAUGGGGGUGGUGGGGGGGGUUGGGAUGGGGGUGGGGGGGGUAGCUGCGGGAGGGGGGAAGGUCCGCCGGGUGGUGGAGGGGGUUCGGGAGCCGGGGGGGGCGCUGGGACCCCUGGCCCCGGAGCGGCUGCUGACCUCCCUGCUGGAGGCCGAGCCCCCCAAUAUCUACUCGCUCAGUCACCCCAACAAACCCUACACCGAGGCGUCCAUGAUGAUGUCCCUCACCAACCUUGCCGACCGAGAGCUCGUGCACAUGAUCGCCUGGGCCAAGAAGGUGCCAGGGUUUGUGGAGCUGGACCUACACGACCAGGUACAGCUGCUGGAGUGCUGCUGGCUGGAGGUGCUGAUGGUGGGCUUGAUGUGGAGGUCCAUGGAUUACCCCGGCAAGCUGCUCUUUGCCCCCGACCUCAUCCUCGACAGGGACGAAGGUCAGUGUGUCGAGGGCAUCCUGGAGAUCUUCGACAUGUUGCUGGCCGCGACGGCUCGCUUCCGCGAACUCAAACUCCAGCAUGAUGAGUACCUGUGUCUGAAGGCUAUGGUGCUGCUCAACUCCAGCAUGUUCCCGCGCUCGGGUGUGUCGGAUGAGCAGGAGAACCGUGAGAAGCUGCACAAGAUCCUGGAUACCAUCACUGACACCCUCAUCUGGUGCAUGUCCCGCAGUGGUGUGCCCCCCGCCCAGCAGCCCACCCGCCUGGCACACCUACUGAUGCUGCUGUCCCACAUACGCCACGCCAGCAACAAAGGCAUGGAACACCUGUACAGCAUGAAGUGCAAGAACGUGGUUCCGUUCUACGACCUGCUGUUGGAGAUGCUGGAUGCCCACGUCAUCUACAGUUACCGCAAACCGCCCGACGACACCAACUGUGCACCGGCCAAGAGCCACCCCCUCUGAUCCACGACCCCCACCCUUCCCCACCACCCCACUCCUCCCCCCGACUGGGACUGGGACAGGCUGGGGGGAGCGGGGUUACCAGAGGGUGGGAGCAGACACUGCCCAUAAAUAACUCCCCCCCCCCCCCCAAAACCCCACCACACAGUCCCCUCAUCUUGCUGCCCUCCGAUUCCCCGGCAGGUUACGUUCAGCUCCAGGACAAACAGGGAUGUAAUGCUGAGGCUCUAUAAGGCGCUGGUCAGGCCACAUGUGGAAUAUUGUGAGCAAUCACUCUGGGGCCACCAAAUAACCACAGGUCACUGUGCUGAAGAAACUGGCAGCCUCCGUCUCUGCUAGCCCCAACAGGAAUGGGAUGAAUGGCCUCCUGUCUGUCCUGUACAUAGCUGAGGCGGGGGCUGGUGCUGUGUUUCCCCCUCCCCUCUCUGCCCGACUCCAUCCCCCCCCCCCCCCCCCACCCCUCGCCAAGGGGAGCAUCACGUGGGGGGAGCGCUUGUCGGCGCUGGGCCUGUACUCGCUGGAGUUUAGGAUGAG